UUCUGUUUAUUUUUUCGGUCAUCUGUUGUAGUAAACAGUAUUUACACUUUUAUCAAGACAGUUACGUGAAUGUUCUCAUAAUAAAAUAUGUUUUUUACUCUAUUGGGAGCCGGAUAUUUAAUAUAUCUAGGACUUUAUAUAAUUUUAUUGUGCGUUAGUGAUUGUGAUGUGCAAUUAUUCUUCUUGGAUAAGUUUGGAAAAUCACCAAGGCGCCUUAAGGGCCAAGUUGUGUUUAUAACAGGAGCAUCAAGUGGAAUCGGCGAAUUCACAGCUUAUGCUUUGGCGAAAUAUGGAGUUAAGUUGGUGCUGACAGCACGAAGACCCUACGAGCUCGAAAGAGUCAAAAAUAAAUGCAUUGAAUUAUCCAAAGGUUCUCUGCAACAAAAUGAUGUACUCAUUAUACCAAUGGACGUCACCGACUUCGUAUCACACAAAAGACAUUUCCAACAUGCCAUCAAUCAUUUCGGCCGGGUGGACAUAUUGCUCAACAACGCAGGACGUUCACAGAGAGCCGCUUGGGAAUCGAUCGAACUAGAGGUUGAUCGGCAGAUGUUCGACCUGAACGUGUUUGGGGUAAUCAAUCUUACCAGAGUCGCCUUGGAACACUUCGAGAAGGUCGGCAAAGGACACGUCGCUGUGGUUUCGAGCCUGGCAGGAGUUAUUGGUGCUCCGUAUUCGGGCACUUAUACUGCCACCAAACACGCUAUUCAUGGCUACUACAAUGCAUUAAGAAACGAAAAAAUGGGAAAGAAUCUUCAUGUCACUCUGCUGUGUCCUGGACCGACCUUUACAAAUUUCUUGCAGGAGUGUUUUACAGACAAGAACGGUCAGAAAUUGAAUUCAUCGGUCCAGCCCACAGAUAGAAGAAUGACUGCCGAAAGAUGUGGAUAUCUCAACGCAGUUGCACUUGUCAACAAAACAAGAGAAUCAUGGAUGGCAAUUUUCCCUGUUACAUUAUUCACGUACUUUGCUGUCUAUUGUCCCAUGCUAUUUUAUUGGGGUGUGAAGAUGAUCGGGCCCGAAAUCAUUUUCAAACUGAGAGAGGGUAGAAAAGAGGCUAUGCACAGAGACUGAAGGUGGAGGGUGUAGAAGUAGAUACUCUAAUAUUUCUGUAGAAUUAAUUAUUUUAUUUAUGCACAUAACCCACUUCAUCUGUUAAUGGUACUAUUUCUUCUAAGGGUUUUUUUAUUUAGGUGGUUGAAGCCGUAUACUGUAUGGAUCCGAAAAUGGUACCAUCAUCAACUGAGAUUAGUGUCCUACUACUUUAAGCAUCUGGUUUCCCAAAAACAUGCUAAGCAACUGCUCAAGACUCAAUCUUCGGUUCGUCAACAAGUAGGUAACUACAGGAAGCUUAUUACAAGCUGGUAUUACUUUAGAGGAAUAGUACCGCAAAUACCAAUUUUCUGAUUUGCUACUAAGAUGGCUUUAUUCAGUACUAAACCAUUGUCCAUUGUUACUAAUUUAUUUGUUAAAGGUUAUAUAAAAUAAAUUGAUUGUAUCACUGUCCAUUAUUUUCCUAUCAAUCCCUUUUAAAUUGACACAUGAUUGCCUCAGUUUUGC